AUGCUGGGCCGUUUAGCGAAGGGCGUGGGUGGCCUCGCCAAAGGCGUGGCAGGAGUAGCGCUCGGAGAGGCAAGAUCAGCGUUGACUGCUGUCCCGAACGAUGAGGCCGAAGUCGAGGGGCUGCUGCAGCGCAUCUCGGGCUCGCUGUUGCCCGAGUAUCGUCGCCAGGCAAUGUCUCAGCUUAAAGACUUGCUUGUGGACAAUCCAAAGGCCCAGCUGGCGUUCGGAUCCAUGGGUAUUCCCGUACUACUUGCCGUACUUCGCGACGACCGGGAUGACGUGGCGCUGCUGCAGAGCGCCUUGGAGGCACUGGGACAGGGAUUUCCUCCGGGGCUAACACCUGCCGAGGCCACCGCAGCCGCCCUGAACGCGGACCUGCUGGCCCGGGAGCGUGAGCACGUGGGUUUGCUGCUGGGACUGUUGGAGGACGAGCCCGUGGGGGUGCCGGACUUUUACGUGAGGUACCACGCAGUACAGUUGCUGACGUCACUGCUCAGCCACUGCGCUGGGAAGCUGCAGGAGGCGAUCCUGGCCACCCCCAUGAGUGUGGUCCGACUAACUGAGCUGCUUGGAGAGCGAUCUGAGGUCAUUCGUAACGAGGCCCUGUUGUUGCUAGCCGCUCUGACUCGCACUGACCCACGGGUCGGUGGUGCUGGUGGUGCUAGUGGGGCCGGUGGCGGCAGCGAGGUUCAGAAGAUUGCGGCUUUUGAGGGCGCGUUUGACCGCGUGGCUGAGCUCUUGCGGGAGGAGGGCGGCCUGGGGGGUGGCAUGGUGGUGCAGGACACCGCGCCCGCCAGCCCCUCAGAGAUCCCCGGCCCGGAUGACUCCGCCCGACUGGUCUGGGCGGUGGCCCAGAUGGGCCGCCUGGCUCGGGAGAUGGACGAGCUGAGGGCGCGCAACCGGGCACUGGCGGAAGACCUUUUCAGACUGUCCCAGAGCGGCCUCGGCUCAGCACCGCCACCGCCACCUCACCCCGGAGCCUCCGCCUCCGUCUACGGGAUGGGCCCUCAUCCGCAGCCGCAUCAUGGGGGCCCGCAUUCGGCAUCCCAGGCCUUCGGACCCUACUCCCAGCCGCACCCGCAGCCGCUUGUUGGUGGCCCUGGUGGCACGUCCAUGGCGGUGGUGCAGCCGCCGCAGCCCGCUGUGGUGGUGAACUCUGCUGCUGAUGUGGAGGCGCGGGUGGCGUUGGAGCUGCGGGCGGGGCGGGCGGAGCAGGAGGUGGCGGCACUGCGGCAGCAGCUGGAGGUGAUGGCGGCACGGCUGUCUCAAGCGGAGGCGGACGCGGCGGCAGCACGCGAAGCGGCUGCAGCAGCCCACGUGGCAGCUAGCAAGGCGGAGGCGGAUUUGGCAGAUCUAUCCGGGGCAUACAACAAUCUAGAAGCGCAUGCCUUUGCGACGGAGGCGCAGCUGCGGAGCGCGCAGGGCGCCUUGGCGGCGGCGCAGGCGGCGGCGGCGGCCGCAGAGGCUCGAUCGCAGGCAGCGGCGGCGGGAGCGACAGGACCAGCUCACGGCGCGGGGGGCCUCUCGGAGGCGGACAUCCAGCGUCGGAUUGAAGAGGCUGUUGCCGAGGCUCGCGCUGAAGGCAAGGCGGAGGCCGAGGAGGGAAUGACAGAUUUAUUUGUGUGCUUAGGACAGGAAGAGCGAAAGGUAGAGGUACUUCGACAAGCCCUUGAGGGGCUUGGUUUGGACGCCGAAAGUUUGUUAGCGACGAUUCAGGAGGAGGAGGGGGGCUGA